AUGCUGCUCCCCGGACUGCUGCUGUUAUUGUUCCUGCUUACCAGCACCCACCUUUUCCGGGGCCGCAGAGAGCUCUGUAACCUGCACCUCCCACCUCUAGCUCCUGGCUUCCUGCACCAGCUGCAACCCAACCUCCCCAUCUACCUGUUGGGCCUAUCUCAGAAGUUUGGACCUGUCUACAGACUCCGCUUGGGGCCCCAAGAGGUGGUGGUGCUCAACUCCAAGAGGUCCAUCGAGGAAAUCUUGGUCACAAAGUCACGGGACUUUGCCGGCAGACCCCAGGGAGUAGCCAACAAUCUCAUCUCUAAGAACCAAGCAGAUGUCUCUAUGGGGGAUUAUACUCAUCUCUGGAAGGCCCAUAAGAGACUCACUCGCUCUGCCCUGCUGUACAGUGUCCACAGUAUUCUGGAGUCUCUGGUGGAGCAGGUAACCCAGGAGCUCUGUGAGCGCAUGAGAGCCCAGGCCGGCACUCCUGUGGACAUCCAAAAGGAAUUUUCCUUGCUCACCUGCCGCAUCAUCUCUUACCUCUCCUUCACAGACAAGGAGGACACAGUUGUUCAAGCCUUUAACAACAAUGUCCAGGACUUGAUGACCACCUGGGAGCACUGGUCCAUUAAAAUUUUGGAAUUUCUUCCCUUUCUCAGGUUCUUCCCCAUUCCAGGCCUCAGGAAGCUGAAACAAGCUCUGGAAACCAGGAAUUGCCUGGUGGAGAAGCAGCUGCGGCAGCACAAGGAGACUAUGGUGGCAGGCCAGUGGAGGGACAUAACGGACUUCAUGCUCCAGGGAGUCAACAAGUUGCAAGGAGAAAGGGGUCUGGAGCUCCAUGAUGAUCAUGUGCUGAUGUCUCUGGUGGACAUUUUAAUUGGUGGCACCGAGACCACAGCGUCCGCCCUGGCCUGGACUGUCCUCUUCUUGCUACACCACCCUGAGAUUCAGAAGCGACUACAGGAAGAGUUGGAUGUGCAAUUGGGCCCCAGAACCUCGGACUCCCGAAUCCAGUACAAAGACCGCUGGCGGCUGCCUUUGCUCAAUGCCACCAUCUCCGAGGUGAUGCGCUUGCGGCCGGUGGUGCCCCUGGGCCUACCGCACCGUGCCAUGCAGCCCAGCAGCAUCAUGGGCUACGACAUCCCCAAGGGCAUGGUGAUCAUCACCAAUUUGCAAGGCGCCCUGCUGGACAGCACAGUCUGGGAGCAGCCACACGAGUUCCGGCCGGAGCGCUUCCUGGACCCUGCUGGCAGCACCAACAUCAACUCAAUGAUCUUUGGCUGCGGACCGCGCUCCUGUCUGGGGGAGCCCAUGGCACGCCUGGAGAUCUUCCUGGUGUUGGCACAGCUGCUCCACACCUUCACAGUGCUGCCACUAGAAGGCGCCCUGCCCUCGCUGGAGCCCCAACCUUACAGUGGGGUUAACCUUAAAUUACAGCCUUUCCAAGUGAGGCUGCAGCCCCGGCAGUGCUGUGAGAUCGCAGGUGAAGGCUCCUCCUUUGCUGGGUGA